UCAUUACUGAUAUAUAAUGACAUUUCAAUCUAAAACGAUUAUUUCUACUCCAAUAGUUCAAUGCAUUCAUUCAUUUUUUUUAUUUUUAGCUCAGACGAAUUCCAAAGACACCACAAAUCCAUUUACAUUAUCUGAUAUUUCAUCCUUACCAGUAACUACAAACCAAUCUAAAUCAUUUAGUGAACGACAAAAUCAAACUGAAAAUGAUUUGCAUAAUAAUCAAUCGUCUUAUACCAAUAUAUCUUUGACUACCGUAGUAUCUCAUUCACAUAAAUCAAUACAAACAACAAAUUCAUUGAAUAGAAUAUAUUUUACACAAAAUACAACAUCAUUAGAUUAA